AUGUCUCGCUUCUUAGACGGCAUUUCCACCAUCAUCAGCAUCUUUCACAAAUAUGCAAAGGAAGAUGGAGACUGCUCCAACCUCGGCCACAGGAAGAUGCAAGAGCUCAUCCAGAGGGAGUUUGCAGAUGUCAUAGCUAAGCCACGUGACCCUCAGACAAUAGACAAGAUUCUGCAGUUCCUGGAGUGGGAUGGUGAUGGGCAUAUUGAUUUUAAUGAAUUCCUGCUUUUGGUGUUCAGAGUGGCUAAAGCCUGCUACUGGUUCCAGUCGAAGGGACCAUACAUUCGGCAAAGAACAAAGCUGACAUCCAGUGGCAAGUUGCACCAAGAGCCUGAAAUUAAGAACAGAGGGAGCAGUCGACAGCUCCAGGAGGAGGAAGAACCAACGUGUGAGAAUCAUCACCAUCCCCCCUGUGAACCCAAACUGCAACGAGACACCAGAGUCAAUGAGCUUGAAACACUAGAGGAAAUAGGGAGCUACCAACAACGUGACACACAAAGCGUAAAUGAUGCAAUACGAAGCAGUGAGCGAAGGGAGCCAAUCCCUCAGGUGUAUGAAGAACGAAGCCGAGAGCCAUGCGACCAACGGAACAGACAGAGAAGACGUCAGCCACCAGAGCCAAACAGAAGAGGAGAUGUACAAAUCCACAAGCACAGAAGCUUGGAAGCACAGGAGCCCAGGCUGCGAAGAGAUGAGAGGAAAUAUCAAGAGGGGCUACAGCAAGACCAACUGGCAGACAGAAGGAGUCGCAGCCAGGCCUGUGAAACAAGACCACUGCAAAACCGGUGGGGUAGCCGUCAGCCACAUGAGCCAGUAGGACCAGCAAAUGAUGAGAGAAACCAGUGGCCACAAGAAGCAGAUAGAGGAAGUGACAAUCAGCCACGUAAACCUGAAUUACUCACAGAAGAGAGAAGCCGCUACCACCUGCGUGAGCUGGAACAAAGAGCACUUGAAGAGAGGAGCGACAAGCUACGUGAGCCUGAAUGCCUGGAUUCAAGAGGCCCACAUCAGUCAUACAUAAAGGAACCACUAGAAAUUGACCUCAGGUACUGUAAUACCUGUGAGCUGGAAAGAUGUAUCGAUGAACAAGGUACAAAUGAGGAACAUAACCUUGAAUACGUGGAAAGUGAGAGUGAAAACCGUAAAAUGAAGGAGUGGGAAGAAAGAGACGAUAGAAGGAGGAAAGCUAGAGAAGAGGAAAGGAGGGUUGAUAUAAAACGGGAGCGUGACCACGAGGUCUAUGAGGGCCACAGCUCUCAGACACAUGAAAGGGAAGAACAAAGUGCCAAAACCAAACAAAGAGAGAGACGCGAAAGGCGUGACUUUGUAGCACAUGAUACUGAAAUCGAUGGAAGGAGGCGACAUGACCUAGUAAGGCUUGAGAGGACACGAGAGAGAGAUGCAGUGGAAGCAGAAGCUGAUGUGAAGAUCCAUCGCGUGUCCCGGGAACUGGAGCCCCCUGAGAAGCUCGAAAGAAGGGAGCGAGACCUGGACCAAUUUGAAGCAGAGGAAGAGAGAAUUUACCUGGAAAGAGAGAGGGAGGAGCCUCUGCGAGAGAGAAGGGUCAAGCGACAACGGGAGCUGGAUCUGGAGGUCAUUGAGCGUCGACGCCGCCAGGCACGUGAAAGGGAAGAGCGAGGAGCCACCAUCAACCAGAGAGAGAGACGAGAGAGACGUGACUUUGAAGAACGUGAGGCUGAAAUCGAUGGAAGGAGGCAACGCGACCUUGUGAGGCUUGAGAGGACACGAGAGAGGGAUGUAGUGGCAGCAGAAGCUGAUGUGAAGAUCCAUCGCGUGUCCCGGGAACUGGAGCCCCGUGACAGAGUAGAAAGAAGAGAGCGUGAUUUUGAGCAUCUUGAGGCAGAGGAAGAGAGGAGGGAGUACCUGGAAAGUGAAGUUGAAGAGGCUACAAGGGAGAGAAGGGUCGAGCGCCAAAGGGAGCUGGACCUUGUGAGGAUGGAGAGGACACGAGAGGCUGAUGUAGUGGCAGCAGAAGCUGAUGUGAAGAUCCAUCGCGUGUCCCGGGAACUGGAGCCCCGUGACAGAGCACGUGAAAGGGAAGAGCGAGGAGCCACCAUCAACCAGAGAGAGAGACGAGAGAGACGUGACUUUGAAGAACGUGAGGCUGAAAUCGAUGGAAGGAGGCAACGCGACCUUGUGAGGCUUGAGAGGACACGAGAGAGGGAUGUAGUGGCAGCAGAAGCUGAUGUGAAGAUCCAUCGCGUGUCCCGGGAACUGGAGCCCCGUGACAGAGUAGAAAGAAGAGAGCGUGAUUUUGAGCAUCUUGAGGCAGAGGAAGAGAGGAGGGAGUACCUGGAAAGAGAGGUUGAAGAGGCUACGAGGGAGAGAAGGGUCGAGCGCCAAAGGGAGCCUGACCUUGUGAGGAUGGAGAGGACACGAGAGGCUGAUGUAGUGGCAGCAGAAGCUGAUGUGAAGAUCCAUCGCGUGUCCCGGGAACGUGAGGCCCGUGACAGAGUCGAAAGAAGGGAGCGUGACCUGGAGCAUUUUGAAGCAGAGGAAGAGAGAAGAAUUUACCUGGAAAGAGAGAGGGAGGAGCCUCUGCGGGAGAGAAGGGUCGAGCGCCAACGGGAGCUGGAUCUGGAGGUCAUUGAGCGUCGACGCCGCCAGGCACGUGAAAGGGAAGAGCGAGGAGCCAACAUCAACCAGAGAGAGAGACGCGAGAGACGUGACUUUGAAGAACGUGAGGCUGAAAUCGAUGGAAGGAGGCAACGCGACCUUGUGAGGCUUGAGAGGACACGAGAGAGGGAUGUAGUGGCAGCAGAAGCUGAUGUGAAGAUCCAUCGCGUGUCCCGGGAACUGGAGCCCCGUGACAGAGUAGAAAGAAUAGAGCGUGAUUUUGAGCAUCUUGAGGCAGAGGAAGAGAGGAGGGAGUACCUGGAAAGAGAGGUUGAAGAGGCUAUGAGGGAGAGAAGGGUCGAGCGCCAAAGGGAGCCUGACCUUGUGAGGAUGGAGAGGACACGAGAGGCUGAUGCAGUGGCAGCAGAAGCUGAUGUGAAGAUCCAUCGCGUGUCCCGGGAACAGAGGGAGGAGCCUCUGCGGGAGAGAAGGGUCGAGCGACAACGGGAGCUGGAUCUGGAGGUCAUUGAGCGUCGACGCCGCCAGGCACGUGAAAGGGAAGAGCGAGGAGCCAACAUCAACCAGAGAGAGAGACGAGAGAGACGUGACUUUGAAGAACGUGAGGCUGAAAUCGAUGGAAGGAGGCAACGCGACCUUGUGAGGCUUGAGAGGACACGAGAGAGGGAUGUAGUGGCAGCAGAAGCUGAUGUGAAGAUCCAUCGCGUGUCCCGGGAACUGGAGCCCCGUGACAGAGUAGAAAGAAGGGAGCGUGAUUUUGAGCAUCUUGAGGCAGAGGAAGAGAGGAGGGAGUACCUGGAAAGAGAGGUUGAAGAGGCUACAAGGGAGAGAGGGGUCGAGCGCCAAAGGGAGCUGGACCUUGUGAGGAUGGAGAGGACACGAGAGGCUGAUGCAGUGGCAGCAGAAGCUGAUGUGAAGAUCCAUCGCGUGUCCCGGGAACAGAGGGAGGAGCCUCUGCGGGAGAGAAGGGUCGAGCGACAACGGGAGCUGGAUCUGGAGGUCAUUGAGCGUCGACGCCGCCAGGCAUGUGAAAGGGAAGAGCGAGGAGCCACCAUCAACCAGAGAGAGAGACGAGAGAGACGUGACUUUGAAGAACGUGAGGCUGAAAUCGAUGGAAGGAGGCAACGCGACCUUGUGAGGCUUGAGAGGACACGAGAGAGGGAUGUAGUGGCAGCAGAAGCUGAUGUGAAGAUCCAUCGCGUGUCCCGGGAACUGGAGCCCCGUGACAGAGUCGAAAGAAGGGAGCGUGAUUUUGAGCAUCUUGAGGCAGAGGAAGAGAGGAGGGAGUACCUGGAAAGAGAGGUUGAAGAGGCUACGAGGGAGAGAAGGGUCGAGCGCCAAAGGGAGCCUGACCUUGUGAGGAUGGAGAGGACACGAGAGGCUGAUGUAGUGGCAGCAGAAGCUGAUGUGAAGAUCCAUCGCGUGUCCCGGGAACAGAGGGAGGAGCCUCUGCAGGAGAGAAGGGUCGAGCGCCAACGGGAGCUGGAUCUGGAGGUCAUUGAGCGUCGACGCCGCCAGGCACGUGAAAGGGAAGAGCGAGGAGCUACAGCCAACCAGAGAGAGAGACGAGAGAGACGUGACUUUGAAGAACGUGAGGCUGAAAUCGAUGGAAGGAGGCAACGCGACCUUGUGAGGCUUGAGAGGACACGAGAGAGGGAUGUAGUGGCAGCAGAAGCUGAUGUGAAGAUCCAUCGCGUGUCCCGGGAACUGGAGCCCCGUGACAGAGUCGAAAGAAGGGAGCGUGAUUUUGAGCAUCUUGAGGCAGAGGAAGAGAGGAGGGAGUACCUGGAAAGAGAGGUUGAAGAGGCUACGAGGGAGAGAAGGGUCGAGCGCCAAAGGGAGCCUGACCUUGUGAGGAUGGAGAGGACACGAGAGAGGGAUGUAGUGGCAGCAGAAGCUGAUGUGAAGAUCCAUCGCGUGUCCCGGGAACAGAGGGAGGAGCCUCUGCAGGAGAGAAGGGUCGAGCGCCAACGGGAGCUGGAUCUGGAGGUCAUUGAGCGUCGACGCCGCCAGGCACGUGAAAGGGAAGAGCGAGGAGCUACAGCCAACCAGAGAGAGAGACGCGAGAGACGUGACUUUGAAGAACGUGAGGCUGAAAUCGAUGGAAGGAGGCAACGCGACCUUGUGAGGCUUGAGAGGACACGAGAGAGGGAUGUAGUGGCAGCAGAAGCUGAUGUGAAGAUCCAUCGCGUGUCCCGGGAACUGGAGCCCCGUGACAGAGUAGAAAGAAGAGAGCGUGAUUUUGAGCAUCUUCAGGCAGAGGAAGAGAGGAGGGAGUACCUGGAAAGAGAGGUUGAAGAGGCUACGAGGGAGAGAAGGGUCGAGCGCCAAAGGGAGCUGGACCUUGUGAGGGUGAAGAGGACACGAGAGGCUGAUGCAGUGGCAGCAGAAGCUGAUGUGAAGAUCCAUCGCGUGUCCCGGGAACUGGAGCCCCAUGACAGAGUAGAAAGAAUAGAGCGUGAUUUUGAGCAUCUUGAGGCAGAGGAAGAGAGGAGGGAGUACCUGGAAAGAGAGGUUGAAGAGGCUACCAGGGAGAGAGGGGUCGCGCGCCAAAGGGAGCUGGACCUUGUGAGGAUGGAGAGGACACGAGAGGCUGAUGCAGUGGCAGCAGAAGCUGAAGUGAAGAUCCAUCGCGUGUCCCGGGAACGUGAGCCCCAUGACAGAGAGAGGACACGAGAGGCCGAUGUAGUGGCAGCAGAAGCUGAUGUGAAGAUCGAUCGCGUGUCCCGGGAACGUGAGCCCCAAGAGGAGCUCGAAAGAAGGGAGCGUGACCUGGAGUAUUUGGAUGCAGAGGAAGAGAGAAGGGUUUACCUGGAAAGAGAGAGGGAGGAGCCUCUGCGAGAGAGAAGGGUCGAGCGACAACGGGAGCUGGAUCUGGAGGUCAUUGAGCGUCGACGCCGCCAGGCACGUGAAAGGGAAGAGCGAGGAGCCAACAUCAAACAGAGAGAGAGACGCGAGAGACGUGACUUUGAAGAACGUGAGGCUGAAAUCGAUGGAAGGAGGCAACGCGACCUUGUGAGGCAGGAGAGGACACGAGAGAGGGAUGUAGUGGCAGCAGAAGCUGAUGUGAAGAUCCAUCGCGUGUCCCGGGAACUGGAGCCCCGUGACAGAGUAGAAAGAAUAGAGCGUGAUUUUGAGCAUCUUGAGGCAGAGGAAGAGAGGAGGGAGUACCUGGAAAGAGAGGUUGAAGAGGCUACAAGGGAGAGAGGGGUCGAGCGCCAAAGGGAGCUGGACCUUGUGAGGAUGGAGAGGACACGAGAGAGGGAUGUAGUGGCAGCAGAAGCUGAUGUGAAGAUCCAUCGCGUGUCCCGGGAACGUGAGCCCCGUGACAGAGCACGUGAAAGGGAAGACCGAGGAGCCACCAUCAACCAGAGAGAGAGACGCGAGAGACGUGACUUUGAAGAACGUGAGGCUGAAAUCGAUGCAAGGAGGCAACGUGACCUUGUGAGGCUUGAGAGGACACGAGAGGCUGAUGCAGUGGCAGCAGAAGCUGAAGUGAAGAUCCAUCGCGUGUCCCGGGAAUUGGAGCCCCGUGACAGAGCACGUGAAAGGGAAGAGCGAGGAGCCACCAUCAACCAGAGAGAAAGACGCGAGAGACGUGACUUUGAAGAACGUGAGGCUGAAAUCGAUGGAGGGAGGCAACGCGACCUUGUGAGGCUUGAGAGGACACGAGAGAGGGAUGUAGUGGCAGCAGAAGCUGAUGUGAAGAUCCAUCGCGUGUCCCGGGAAUUGGAGCCCAGUGGGGAGCUGGAAAGGAGGGAGCGUGACCUGGAGCGUCUUGAUGCAGAGGAAGAGAGAAGGGUUUACCGGGAAAGAGAGAGGGAGGAGCCCGUGAGGAGGAGAAGGAUCAAGCAUCAACAGGAUCUGGACCUUGAGGUCUAUGAUCAUCGCCACCGCCAGGCACGUGAAAGGGAAGAUCGAGGUGCCACGACCUCAAUACAAACACGUGAGAGGAAUCUCUACCAAACCCUUGACGUUGAUAACGGAGACCUCUGCCUCCCAGACGAUUAG